CCAGACAGAAUCGGGUUUCCCACUAUCCCACUACAGAUAUGUUUAGGCGCCCGAGACAGACCGAGCCUGACCGGCUCUCCAUGAGACUUCGCAAGACACUUCAACCUCUCACUGUGAUUCCUUGGGGAGCGCUCGCAAUGUGGUAUCUGGGAGUACCCAUUGCCGUUGGGGCCCCAAUGGUUGUGGUGCGGGACGAUGACUACACGGACGCUAUUGAGAGGCUUGAGAGCGCAGGAUUCGACCGAAGUGUUCCAAAUCGCGCCCCUCCUCCGGAAAUUAUAGAGGGCUAUCCAAACCCACAGCAGGUUUUGGAAGAAAUAAAUGCUGGCUACAAACGCUUAGACCGGUCUUGCGCAGUAUUUAAUUAUCCACAGGGUGAUCCAGCAGAAAAGGGCUUGCAGGUGUACCUGAUUCCGAACUCCUUUGCGUAUAUUCUCCAAGAAGAUACCCCCCGCUCUUCGACUAGAAUAGGAGACACAGUGCUAACAACGCGGUUUCAAAGUUAUGGUAGUCUGUACUACCCACUGGAACAGGCACUAGUGGAAAGCUUUGUUAAAGCUGCAAUCGACGAAGAGACAGACGCUGGGUUUUCUGCGUGGGGCGAAUCACUGAGGUCUUGGGUAUCUCUGAUAACAGGGUACCUAGAGGUUAACAACGAUAUCCUCGAUAUGUGUCUGGAUAAGCAAGCAGUGGACUGGUAUAGUCACAACUUUGGUCGAAUCCGUGAGGCCAAUUUCGGUCCUAUUGAUCGACGCAUUUCAAAACGUCUCGACUCUGGAAAAGAGAUGCCAAUAGAUAUGAGGGGUAAUCCUCUCUGA